UUUAUCAGUAAAUAUUAAUAAAUGUAUUCGUUCGAAUUUGUCUGUGAGGUAGUAUGAAAUACCUAUAUAUAUAUAUUACCUUUACACGAUACAAUAUAUACUGACGUACAGGUGUUUAAAAUCACUUUAAGCAGUUCAUGCUUUCUUUUUUUUUAAAAAAAAGACAAGAAAACUAUAAGUUUAGUUAUAAAUAACUACAACAGCUUCGUGCAGAUUCCUUAUUUCCCUAUUACUUUGUUAGCCUCAGUUUUGGCUACCUGGAGUUAAGCCUUUAGAAAAUAUUCUAUUUUCAGUGUUCAAUUUAGCAACUUCAUCUUUAAAAUGACUUUUCUGUUGGAGCACUUAAUUCUGAUGACAUUAGUAGUACUUAGCUUAUCAGCCAAUAUUGAAGACUGUGGCUCCAAAAAUGGAAUUGUUAGGAAUGUUUCUGUAAGUGGAUGUUCUGCAUCUGACACUCGUUGCAGAUUACCAAGAGGUACAGCUGUAAAUAUCACAGUUGAGUUUGAAUCUGAAGUUGAUUCGAGAAGUGUUACAGCUCAAGCUUAUGGCACAGCUUUUGGUGUGCCUCUGCCACUACGUGUUAAGCAUGAAGAUGUUUGCAGAAAUGACAUAUCUUGUCCAAUAAAAGACGGGGAAACUUAUAUAGAUAGAAAUGCUAUAAAUAUCCCUUCUUUGGCUCCAAGAAUUAGAACGAAUGUUGUUUAUGAAUUAAGAGAUCAGAUGCAAAACCGCAUAGUGUGCGUUGAGAUCCCAUCCGUAUUCAUUUAAAUACCUUGGUGGUUAUUUACUUUUUGCCGAAUUUCUUAGAUCUUCUUUCUAUAGAAUUUAAAUUUUGUAAAAUUUAUCGUUUAGGAGCAAAACUAAAUUACUGUUAUAUUCUACAGCAAUUAAAUAUGCAUUAAACAAUGUUAUAUAAUUA